CCAGGCCCCGGCGAGCGCUGGUGUGGACGGCGGACUCACUGGAGCGCCGAGGCUGCCGCCGGUCGGGCCGGUGCCCUUUCCCGCUCUGGAAAGGAAGAGAAAUGGAAGUGAAAAAGUUGAGCAUUUCCUGGCAGUUCUUGCUAGUUCUGGUUCUGAUCCUGCAAAUUCUGUCUGCGUUGGAUUUUGACCCAUACAGAGUCCUAGGGGUCAGCCGGACGGCCAGUCAGGCUGACAUUAAAAAGGCUUAUAAGAAGCUCGCCCGGGAAUGGCAUCCUGACAAAAACAAGGAUCCUGGAGCAGAAGACAAGUUCAUUCAGAUCAGCAAGGCCUACGAGAUUCUUUCCAACGAAGAAAAGCGGUCGCAUUACGAUCACUAUGGAGAUGCCGGAGAGAACCAGGGCUACCAGAAGCAGCAGCAGCGAGAACACCGCUUCCGGCACUUCCACGACAACUUCUAUUUUGACGAAUCAUUCUUUCACUUCCCUUUCAAUUCCGAGCGGCGGGACUCGGUUGAUGAGAAAUACUUGCUGCACUUUUCCCAUUACGUGAACGAAGUCGUUCCCGACAGCUUCAAGAAACCCUACCUCAUUAAGAUCACCUCCGACUGGUGCUUCAGCUGCAUCCACAUUGAGCCUGUGUGGAAAGAAGUGGUUCAGGAGCUGGAAGCGUUGGGUGUGGGAAUCGGCGUGGUCCAUGCUGGGUACGAGAGACGGCUGGCCCAUCACCUGGGGGCGCACAGCACACCCUCUAUCCUGGGACUCAUAAAUGGGAAAAUCUCCUUCUUCCACAACGCAGUUGUCCGCGAGAACCUGCGGCAGUUUGUCGAGAGUCUCCUUCCAGGGAACUUGGUGGAGAAAGUUACCAACAAAAAUUAUGUCCGAUUUCUCUCUGGCUGGCAGCAGGAGAAUAAGCCACACGUCCUUCUGUUUGACCAGGUGCCCACUGUGCCACUGCUAUACAAGUUGACUGCUUUUGCAUACAAAGACUAUUUAUCGUUUGGAUACGUGUGUGUGGGCGUGAGAGGGGCAGAAGAGAUGACAAGGCAGUUCAACAUCAAUGUCUAUGCCCCCACCAUCUUGAUCUUUAAAGAAUACAUAAACCAGCCCGCCGAUGUCAUCCAGGCCCGAGGCGUGAAGAAGCAGGUCCUCGAGGACUUCCUCGCCCAGAACAAGUACCUGCUGGCGGCCCGGCUCACCAGCCAGAAGCUCUUCCACGAGCUGUGCCCCGUGAAGCGCUCGCACCGGCAGCGCAAGUACUGUGUGGUUUUGCUGACCACCGAGGCCACCAAGCAGAGCAAGCCAUUUGAUGCUUUCCUGUCGUUUGCCCUGGCAAACACGCAAGACACGGUGCGGUUCGUGCACGUCUACAGCAGUCGGCAGCAGGAGUUUGCCAGCACCUUGCUACCAGACAGCGAGAAGUUUCAAGGGAAAUCAGCGGUGUCUAUCCUAGAAAGACGCAACACCGCAGGGAGGGUGGUCUACAAAACCCUGGAAGACCCCUGGACGGGCAGUGAGAGUGAUCAGUUCAUCCUCCUGGGCUAUCUCGACCAGCUGCGGAGAGAUCCGGCCCUUCUGUCCUCGGAAGCUGUACUUCCUGACCUGACCGACGAACUUGCCCCUGUGUUUCUGCUGCGGUGGUUCUACUCUGCUGGGGACUACAUCUCGGACUGCUGGGGCAGCAUACUGCACAACAACUGGCGGGAAAUGAUGCCCCUCCUGUCCCUCAUCUUCUCGGCCCUCUUCAUCCUCUUCGGCACGGUCAUCGUCCAGGCCUUCAGUGACUCCAGUGACGAGCGAGAGUCCAGCCCCCCUGAAAAGGAGGAGGCCCAGGAGAAGGCGGGGAAGACGGAGCCCAGCUUCACCAAAGAGAGCAGCAGCAAGAUCCCUAAAAAAGGCUUUGUGGAGGUAACGGAACUCACAGAUGUGACGUACACCAGCAACCUGGUGCGCCUGAGGCCAGGCCACAUGAACGUGGUCCUCAUCCUGUCCAAUUCCACCAAGACCAGCCUGCUACAGAAAUUUGCGUUGGAGGUCUACUCGUUCACUGGGAGCAGCUGCCUGCACUUCUCCUUCCUGAGCCUCGACAAGCACAGGGAGUGGCUGGAAUACCUGCUGGAGUUUGCUCAGGACGCAGCCCCCAUCCCGAACCAGUACGAUAAGCACUUCAUGGAGCGCGACUACACUGGUUACGUGCUGGCUCUGAACGGCCACAAGAAGUACUUCUGCCUCUUCAAGCCCCAAAAGACAGCGGAGGAGGAGGCGGCCCUGGGCUCCUGCAGCGACCCCGAGCCGUCCCUGCACCUGGGCGAAGCGCGAGGGAAGUCCUGUGGCCUUGGACCCAAGCCCGUCAGGGGGAAGCUGAGCAAGCUGUCCUUGUGGAUGGAGCGGCUGCUGGAGGGCUCUCUGCAGAGGUUUUACAUCCCGUCCUGGCCCCAGCUGGACUGAGCCUUUCCAAAGGAGACCGGACUCUGGAACUUGGUCAGAGGCGCCUGCGCACAGGUAUUUUCAGGACUCAAACUGUCACACGAGCAGAGUAGAGGUUUUAGAUUACUCUCCCAGGACAAAGGCCAGAGGCCCCUUCCCGUGUCCUGUUCUAACCUAGGAGUGAAAAACACCCCAGUUCAAAUUCCCUAGAGCAAAACACUUCCCUUGGGUUUUUUCCUCUCAUUUGAAUGCCGCACUGUUUAAAACAGACUGCUGUUCCCUCUUCCGUUGUCCCUGUCACGCGCUCACACCACCCUCCCCUGUCUGCGGGACUCAGCGCUGGGCCUGCGCCGUGGGUGCCUGGCCUCAGCCUCAGAGCCUGCUGUGCCCCGCGGCCUCGCUUACCCCUGUUCCCUACCCGCCCCGGCCCCCAUGUCCCCCGGCCCCCCCGGCCCCUGCUGCACUCCUGCGUGGUGCAUGCUCUAACACUGGACAGCCCACAGCAGCUUCUAGGCCCUGACCUUGGAAGGGACCCAGUUCCAAGCAGUCUUACACUCAGUGAUGGUUGUUCUGGGCAUAAGUGGCAAACGGUGUAUUUGGGGGUAUCCCCCGUGACCAUCUGUCGGCCGCGUAGGAGUGGGGGUUCUGCGUGAGUUUGGUUUUCCUCCCAAGGAAGGGGAAGGGGAGAGGCAGGCAGUGACUGAAGUGACGCAGCUCUGUGAUCCUCCGAGCAGCCCCUGGGCCGCAGCCGUGCCCGGGCCCGAGUGCUGUACCGACGCUGAGCCGUUGACGUGUGUGUCGUCAGAUGCCUUUGUGCCUCUGUGAAUUUGGGGUACGGAUAUUAGGAGCCAUAAUUUGUAAUCACAUGUCUGAGUGCAGGGAUGACCGGCUGUGCCCACCUGCCAGGAGCAGGGGCCGUGCAGCAAACACCAGACCCCUCAACACUUGUGUCCUGAACACUGCUGCCCCAGAAGUGCCGUCUCCUCCGGUCGUCUUUGUGACCAGUGAGCCAAGACGUGUUCUAGACCUCUCCGAAGGCUUCCCGCCUCUGGCCUUGAUGUUGACGUCUCCUCGUCUUCGUUUUCACUCUUCAGACUGCGCCGGCAGUGUCAGGGCCGGACCGAUCGCGCACCCCCUGGCUUGGUGUGCUCUGGGGUGCAGACUGCAGGUUGGUCCCAGCAGUCAGAGCAUGUGUGUGCCUGUUUGUCGCAGGGCGUGGGGACGGCUUGGCGAGUGGGCUGUUCAGGUCCCAAAGCAGAGUGCCCCCGUGAGAAGCGGAGGGCAAACACAGCGCUAGGACCCUGACUCAGUUCCUAUUCCUUCCGUCAUAAUUGCUUUAACCUAUGCCACUUGGAUCCUGAAUAAUUUAAUAUUGAGCUACGGUGGUUAAGUAAUAAAUUAUUCGAGCCCAGGAAUUCCGAUAGUUUUCAUGGAGUCUGUAGCUUUAUUUAAAAAUAAAGAAGCCACUGCCAGGCUUCCUCCUUCCAUGAGGUUCUCCAGAGCGGACGCUUGCUGGGACCGCCCUGGCCCAGUCCGGAACCCCUGGAAGCGCCAGGCUUCAGAGCCACUUCCUGGGUCUCCUGGCACCAGACUGCUUCUCCGAGUAGUGUUUUGGUUGCGUGGUAGGCUUUUGUUUUUAAUGUCUGGUACUAAAGAAAUUCCUGACUGAACCCCUAAAAACCAAAAACUCCCCCAGAUGAGCUCCUUGUUCAAGCUGUUGGUCAUUAGAAUGAAAAGCGCCACCCCUCCCGCUGCGGUAGGAGAGGCCAGCGGCGAUGUUCCUGGCGAACACUUCCGGUCAGAAAUUCUUCUGCAGACAUGGCGGGGGGCGGGGGGCUGGCAUCCAUGUCCCCCAAGGGGACUCCCGGGAGCUUUUAUUUAAAUUGAACUUCACCCUUGGCCAUCGGCGCCCUUCCUCCCAAAUGUCUUCCAUGGAAUUUGCUCACUUUUUGUGUCAAACCUACGAGCCACUGUCACGCUCCGCCGGUGCCACCGUCUCCCUCUCUCAGGUUUGUGGUCACACUGGGUUUUAGGUCAACUAGCCUGGUCGUCGAGUAGCCACGUGGGCGGCGCCUCCGGCUGCCACACACCAUGCAUCCUGUUUAGCAGACGCGUGAAAACUGGCCCAAAACAAGUCCUUGUAGAAUACACGCCCAUUUGGAAAGUCAUUUUUUUUAUUGCUCAGGUAUUGGUUGCACACCUUGUCUACCACAGAGGUGGUCGGCUCCAACCAAGCACCUGGGUGAGCAGGUCCACCCUGACUCCGCCGGGUGCCCCCGCUCCCCGGGGGGGGGGGGCUGGGUGUGGGUCCCGCCCAGGUCGGCGUCCCCCUCACGGGCAGCCCCCUCACACUUGCACCUUCUGUCGCCGUCCUGAGCCACGUGCAGCUGCCAUCAGUACAGAAACCCUGCCCUGAUACAAAUAAAAAGAAAUGGGGUCUGACCGUGUCUGCAGCGAUUCGCUUUGUUUGGGGCCAACUCGGAAGCUUUCCUUCAUGAUAGUAACGUCUUCAAGAGCUGACGCACACCGUGCUCCCAGAGGAGAUGUCCACAUCCUGCCCUGGCCUGGUUCCUUGAAAACAGGUGCAGGUGGCAGCUGCUGCCUCCGUCCCUUCAGUGUGGAGAGGCCGAUCGUGCGGGAGGCAGAGCCGGAAAGUGGGGGACUCUUUUGCACUUUUGAUACUCUUAGGAACAAAUGACUUACUUCGCAAACUGUGUCUUUUUUAUGUUUUGGGUUUUUUUGUUUGUACUGUGAACACGCACUGACGCUGAUGUCGUUUUGUCUUAAGACUAUUACAGACUGGAAACAAAUAAACUGUUUUACCGUGUGAUGACUGCGGGGUAGCCCUGGCACUGCAGGAUGAUGAUCUGAUCAUGGAUGCGUUUCCAGCAGAGUGGACUCUGUAUCUCACCACGUGGCUUCCCUGCAGACGCCGGGAGCGGCUGUGCUGGCGUGGCAGGGGGGUGGGUGCGAGGAGUGGGUGACACAGCAGGGAGACUUCAGCAGGGGCUCAGCCGACCUGGUCGCUUUGGAAGGCAUUGGUGCUCUGUGCUCCCAGGCUUUUCGGAUCCACGUGUUAGGAUCCAUGUGUUACUUUCUUCCAGUGUUUUAAUCUACAGUGGAGCCAACACUCAAAACUUAGGCACUCCCCUAUUGGAUGUGGGUGCCCUGAGCAUAUCUUACUGUUGUGUGUGGUUUUGUUUUGUUUUGUUUUGUUUUGAAAAAAGAUGGAUUUAUUUGAAAGGCAGAGUAGCUGAGAGAGCAAAGAAGACACAAACGGGUCUUCCAUCUGCUGGUUCACUCCCCAGAUGGUGCCAGGAGUCCAAGCACUUGGGCCAUCUGCUGCUGUUUUCCCAGGUGCAUUAGCAAGGAGCUGGCUCUGACACAGGGCAGCCGGGACUCGAACCUGGACUCCCGUAUGGGUUGUGGGAGGGGCCGGAGCUAUGGCCUGGCAGGUUAAGCCACCAUCCACAGCUCCAGCAUCUCGUCUUAGCACCAAUUCGAGCCCUGGCUUCUCUACUUCCCAUCCUGCUCCCUGCUAAUGCGCCUGGGGAAACAGCAGAAGAUGGCCCACGUGCUGGGCCCAUGCACCCAUGCAGGAGACCCAGAAGCAGCUGGCUUAGGUCUGGCCCAGCUCCGGCCAUUGCGGCCAUUUGGGGAGUGAAUGAGUGGAUGGAAGACCUCUCUCUAACUCUUCCUUUCAAACAAAAUAAAUAAAAAUCUUUUAAGGGGGGAAGGCUUAACCCACGAUGCCAGCUCUUCGAAUCUAUUUAUGCUCACAAGAGCCUGAAAACCGAGCUGAGCCCCAGCUCCUCAGAGGAAGAAGCGACAGACAUGGAGAAUUUCAUGAGUUUCUCCUUUACUUCAGUCCUCCGGUUUUCA